CGGGGCUGGCCCCGGGCGGCCCCCGCUGACCCCGCGUACCCAGAGGAUGCAUGCAGGAGGCAGCGUCCUCACUACUCCUGCUGCCCCGACUUCUCCUACCCCGCGUAGAUGCUGCUGGCCUUGGGGGUACAGUGCUUGUGGCCCUCUGCCAGUUUAUAUGUACAUAUAUUUAUGUAAAACAUUUUCUCCCAGCUCUCUGCCAGCUGUUCCACAUUUUCCAGCUGCCAUUUCGGUUUGAAAUGAUGGACUGUCCGCAUCUCCAAGUAAAAGAGCCCUUUAGUCAGAGGUCUGCAGGGCCGGCCGCUGUGCGAAGACCUGGGCAGUGCCACUAGCUGCACUGGCGUUUCUGGUAGCAGAGAGCUGAAGUAAUGAGAAAGCAUCAUGGAGGCCCAGAACCACAGCUCCACGACCACUGAGAAGAAGAAAGUGGACACUUCCAUAGUGAAAUGCUCCUCGAGAACAGAUGUCAGCGAGAAAGCAGUGGCCUCCAGCACCACUUCCAAUGAGGAUGAAAGUCCUGGACAGACCUAUCACAGAGAGAGAAGAAACGCAGUCACUAUGCAGCCACAGAGCGUCCAGGGGCUCGGCAAGAUCAGCGAGGAGCCUUCGACGUCUAGCGAGGAGAGGGCCUCGCUGAUCAAGAAGGAGAUCCAUGGGUCCCUGCCGCACCUGGCCGAGCCCUCGGUGCCGUACCGUGGGGCCGUGUUUGCCAUGGACCCCCGGAACGGUUACAUGGAGCCCCACUACCACCCUUCUCAUCUCUUUCCUGCAUUCCACCCUCCUGUACCAAUCGAUGCAAGACAUCAUGAGGGGCGUUACCAUUAUGACCCGUCUCCGAUUCCUCCAUUGCAUGUGCCUUCUGCUUUAUCCAGUAGCCCAACGUAUUCGGACCUGCCCUUCAUCAGGAUCUCCCCACACCGGAACCCCGCCGCAGCCUCUGAGCCCCCCUUCAGCCCUCCGCACCCCUACAUCAACCCCUACAUGGACUACAUCCGGUCCCUACACAGCCCGUCCCUCUCCAUGAUCUCGGCAGCUCGGGGGCUCAGCCCCACAGAUGCCCCCCAUGCUGGGGUCAGCCCAGCGGAAUACUAUCAUCAGAUGGCUCUGCUGGCUGGCCAGCGCAGCCCCUACGCAGACAUCAUUCCCUCCGCUGCCACCGCCGGCGCUGGGGCCAUCCACAUGGAGUAUCUUCAUGCCAUGGACAGCACCAGAUUCCCCAGCCCCAGGCUGUCUGCCCGGCCGAGCCGAAAACGUACACUGUCCAUAUCACCGCUGUCCGAUCACAGCUUUGACCUUCAGACCAUGAUAAGGACAUCUCCCAACUCCUUGGUCACGAUUCUCAAUAAUUCCCGCAGCAGCUCUUCAGCGAGCGGCUCCUACGGCCACUUGUCUGCGAGUGCAAUCAGCCCUGCCCUGAGCUUCACCUACCCUUCUGCACCCGUGUCUCUCCACAUGCAUCAGCAAAUCUUAAGCCGACAACAGAGCCUAGGCUCGGCCUUUGGACACAGCCCUCCGCUCAUCCACCCUGCUCCAACUUUUCCAACGCAGAGGCCUAUUCCUGGGAUCCCUACGGUGCUCAACCCCGUCCAGGUCACCUCUGGUCCUUCUGAGUCCUCACAGCAGAAUAAGCCGACAAGUGAGUCCGCUGUGAGUAGCACUGGUGACCUGAUGCACAACAAGCGGUCCAAGAUCAAACCUGACGAAGACCUACCCAGCCCGGGGCCACGGGGCCAGCAGGAACAGCCAGAAGGAACAACCCUGGUGAAGGAAGAGGGCGACAGAGACGAAAGCAAACAAGAGCCCGAGGUCAUCUAUGAGACCAACUGCCACUGGGAAGGUUGCACGCGGGAGUUUGACACCCAGGAGCAGCUGGUGCACCAUAUAAAUAACGACCAUAUUCACGGCGAGAAGAAGGAGUUCGUGUGCCGGUGGAUGGAUUGCUCGAGGGAGCAGAAGCCCUUCAAAGCCCAGUACAUGCUGGUGGUGCACAUGAGGAGACACACCGGGGAGAAACCUCACAAAUGCACUUUUGAAGGUUGUACAAAGGCCUACUCGAGACUAGAAAACUUGAAAACGCACUUGAGAUCUCACACUGGAGAGAAGCCGUACGUCUGUGAGCACGAAGGUUGUAACAAGGCUUUCUCAAAUGCCUCUGAUCGCGCCAAGCACCAAAACAGGACGCAUUCCAAUGAGAAACCCUAUGUGUGCAAAAUCCCAGGCUGCACCAAGCGCUACACAGACCCAAGUUCCCUCCGGAAACAUGUGAAGACCGUGCAUGGCCCAGAGGCUCAUGUCACCAAGAAGCAGCGUGGGGACAUACAUCCUCGGCCCCCCCCACCCCGAGAUUCGGGCAGCCAUUCACAGUCCAGGUCGCCUGGCCGGCAGACUCAGGGAGCCCUUGGGGAGCAGAAGGACCUCAGCAACACUACCUCAAAGCGGGAAGAAUGCCUCCAAGUGAAAGCCGUCAAGGCCGAGAAGCCCAUGCAGACAUCUCAGCCAAGCCCUGGUGGUGAGUCUUCAUGCAGCAGCCAACAGUCCCCCAUCAGCAACUAUUCCAACAGUGGGCUCGAGCUUCCUCUGACCGACGGAGGUGGCGUGGGAGACCUCGGGACCAUCGACGAAACCCCAAUCAUGGACUCGACCAUUUCCACCGCAACCACCGCCCUCGCCUUGCAAGCCAGGAGGAACCCGGCAGGGGCCAAAUGGAUGGAGCACGUGAAACUAGAAAGGCUCAAACAAGUAAAUGGAAUGCUUCCACGACUGAACCCCGUUCUUCCCCCCAAAGCCCCUGCAGUCUCUCCUCUCAUAGGAAACGGCACUCAGCCCAGCACCAGCUGCAGUUUGGGCGGGCCCAUGACCCUCCUCCCGAACAGGAGCGACCUCUCCGGGGUGGACAUCACCAUGCUGAACAUGCUCAACCGGAGGGACAGCAGCGCCAGCACCAUCAGCUCCGCCUACCUGAGCAGCCGCCGCUCCUCGGGCAUCUCCCCCUGCUUUUCCAGCCGCCGGUCCAGCGAGGCGUCCCAGGCCGAGGGCCGGCCCCAGAACGUGAGCGUGGCCGACUCCUACGACCCCAUCUCCACCGACGCGUCGCGCAGGUCCAGCGAGGCGAGCCAGGGCGACGGGCUGCCCAGCCUGCUCAGCCUCACGCCGGCGCAGCAGUACCGCCUGAAGGCCAAGUACGCGGCGGCCACGGGCGGGCCGCCCCCCACCCCGCUGCCCAACAUGGAGAGGAUGAGCCUCAAGACCAGGAUGGCCCUGCUCGGGGACGCCCGGGAGCCCGCGGGGGCCCUGCCGCCCGUGCCCCCUCCGCGGCGGUGCAGCGACGGCGGCGCCCACGGCUACGGCCGCCGCCCCCUGCUGCCCCUGGACGCGCUGGGCAACGGCGUGCGCAGGGCCAGCGACCCGGUGCGGACGGCGUCCGACGGCCUCUCCCUGCCCCGCGUGCAGCGCUUCAGCAGCCUUCACAGCUUCAACCCGCCCGGGCCGCCUCCCACCCUGGAGAAGCGGCACCUGGUGCUUCAGAAUUACACGCGGCCCGAUGGCGGCCAGCCCCGCCACUUCCCGCCGUCCCCCUGUCCGCCGAGCAUCACCGAGAACGUCACCCUGGAGGCCCUGACCAUGGACGCCGACGUGAGCCUCACCGAUGAGGACUUCCUGCCCGACGACGUGGUGCAGUAUCUGAAUUCCCAGAACCCGGCUGGGUACGAGCAGCCCUUCCAGAGCGCCGUCGCCGAGGACAGCAAAGCGCCCCACGGGCCCGGCGACUUCGACGGCCCGGGGCUGCCGGACGGCCACGCGGGCCACGUGGGCCACCCGGGCCCCGCCGGCCAGCCGUACCGCCCGCUGGAGCAGCCGUGCCCCGAAGCCAGCAAAGCCGACCUGCCCAUUCAGUGGAACGAAGUGAGCUCCGGCAGCGCCGACCUGUGCUCCUCCAAGCUCAAGUGUGGCCAGCGGCCGGCGGCGCAGCAGGCCCGGGCCUUCGGCUUCUACGGCAACGUGGGCGCCCCCCCGCAGCCUGCCUUGCGGAGCGGGCCCGGCCCCGCCGGCGCCUAUGCCCCCCUGGCCGAGCCCGGCCCGGCCUACGGCGGCCCCGAGCCCUUGGCGGGCCACAGUGCUGGAGCGGGCAGCCCCGGAGACGCUUUCCAUGAACAGCCCUGCAAGGCCCCGCAGUUCGGGAGCUGCCUGGGCAGGCAGCCUGGCGCCCCCGGCCCCCUCGACGGCGGCUGCGCUGCGGCGGCGAAGCUCAAGAGCAGCACGGGGCCCGGGGGCCAGCCCGACUUUGGCCUGCCGCCGGUGCCCGGCGAGUCAGCGGGCGGCACCGGGAGCGGCCUGGCCACCCAAGACCUGGCAGGACAGGGGUACCUGGCCCAUCCGCUGCUCCACGACGGCGUGCCCCACCAAGGGGCGGGCCGCACAGGCCAGCAGAUGCUAGGGCAGGUUAGCGCUACCUCACACGUCAACGUCUAUCUGGGGCCGGAGGGCGGCCUGCCAGGGCCACCGUGCGUCAGCGGCCAGCCCGCCGGCUUGGCGGCCACCCGGGGCUACCAGCCGUGUGCAGCCUACGGGGGCGGCAGGCGCCAGGCUGUGCCGAGGAGCAGCCUCGCUCUGCAGCAGGCACAGCUCGGUGACCCAAGUCUGACCUGCAGGGUGAACGGCAUCAAGGUGGAGAUGCAGGGGCAGCCCCAUCAGCUCUGUUCGAACACGCAGAGUUACUCUGGUCAGUUCUAUGACCAAACCGUUGGCUUCAGUCAGCAAGACAUGAAAACUGGUUCAUUCUCCAUUUCAGAAGCCAGCUGCCUGCUACAGGGGGCCAGCGCCGAGAACUCUGAAUUACUUUCCCCAGGUGCUAACCAGGUGACGAGCACGGUUGACAGCCUCGACAGCCAUGACCUGGAAGGGGUGCAGAUCGAUUUUGAUGCCAUCAUAGAUGACGGGGACCACGCCAGCCUGAUGUCAGGAGCCCUGAGUCCCAGUAUCAUCCAGAACCUCUCCCAUAGCUCCUCCCGCCUCACGACACCCCGCGCGUCCCUCCCACUGCCCGCGCUGUCCGUGAGCACCACCAACAUGGCCAUCGGGGACAUGAGCUCCCUGCUGACCUCCCUGGCGGAAGAAAGCAAGUUCCUUGCAGUGAUGCAGUAGACGUUAGGGGAAAGGCUGCCAACCAACGUGAAACUUUAGGGGUUUAAACAAAGAUUAAACGGACUCAGUUUUUUGCCGGUUUGUUUUUUGUUUUUCAUUUUUGUUUUUUUGUUUUUUGUUUUUUUUUUUUUAGUUCUGUAUGUAUUUUAGCAAUCUCAUCUCACCUGACUGGGAUGUGUUUCAAGUAUCUUCCUUUUAUGGAAAAGGACUCUGAACAACCCUAAAGUAUUCUAGGGAGAAACUGUCUUCCAUUUCAGUUUUGAAUCAGUAUUGUUACACUCGAACCAUCCUCUUUUUUUUUUUUUUUUGUAACUGUAAGCCCACUCCCCACCCCCUUUUUAGUAAACCAGUGUAAAUGUGUGAUGUGCAUGUUCUUCUUUUCGAAGAGAGGUCAAACGAGAGGAUUUGACAUGUUUCUCUGUUACUCCAAGGAAACAGGAGUUGGUGUGCUUUUGACCAAGGGGUUGCGCUUCCAGCUUUUUAAAUUUCCCUUUACGUGUUUCUUUUUGUUCUUUGUUUUCUUCGGUGUUUGUGUUUGUUUUUGUUUUUGUUUUAAUUCCCACAUUGGGCACAAGAAUCAGAAUAUGGAUAGUGAGUUUAAGAAUCCUUCGUGGGUGUGCCGUAGCAGACAUAACCGAUUGUUGACGCACUCCCCACCCCAGUUCAGGUUAGGGCAUGCUUUCGAUGGUGGCACGCAAGCAGGAAUUUGGGGCUCUGGCGGAUGAACACUAGUUUGCUCACGGUUGGGGUUUAGAAUUCCUCCUGUCCGUCGGUGCACUCGGGGCAGGUCCGUCUAUGUGCUCAUUUCUCAGUUAUCCACCUUGCUUCUCCUCCCCGUGUCUCCACGACCGUUCCGUGUCGCUCUGUGCUCCGGGGGCAGAGAGGGGCAGGGUGGUGGGUCUGCUACUUCCAUCUAUUCUGGCAAGACAAGAAGUUAGGUAGAUUGUAGAGUGAAGCUACUGCGUAGAAAUAGUUUGGGGAACAUUUGUGGGUUUGCUGUAUGUGUUGAUUAUAGUUCCAUCUCUUUACCCAUUAUCCUAGAUAACUGAGAAUUGAUUAUAUAUAGUUCUAAGUAUAGAGGUAUUUAAACGACCCCACAGCCGACUAUUUCAUUAACAUAUAUUAAUUCCACUAUAGUGAAGGAGCAUUUCUAUUCUAAGUGCCCUAUUUUGAGGGAUUUAUAAAACUUCGUUGUAAAAGAAAAAGCUCACAUACAAUGACGUUUGGAAUAAAUCGCUUUAACCGUUGUUAGUAUUUGAGAGCGCUAGGAGGAUGGUGAGUAGCUGUGUGGAUGCGUGCUCUUACACCCCGUCUAUGAAACGACGCAUCCAUUUAAGAGGUUAAAUGUUCUAUGCAGUUGGUCCUUAAUGUGGACUUCAUGUAUCCUUCUGUUUUGGAUUAAAACAUUUAAAGACUAAAAAGUGCAGCUACUUGCCAUGUGCAGCCGAUACACAUAAAAGACAUACUAUGUGUGUACAGAGUACAUGGAUUAUCCAGCAUUUUACACUUAAAAAUAUGUAAACUAUUAAAAAUAAAAUAUUAACACCUCAGACUACCUGCUCUUUUGUGUCCCAUUGACCCCGGAAGUGGGAUUUAAUCCAAAGUGAUUGACGAGUCAGUCGUGUGGCUUUUUCCCUUUCUUCCUGCCAUUUAAAUUAGUAAUAGACGAAGUCAAGUAAAGUAAAGCAUUAGAUAAUAGGAAAUAAGGUUAGAAUCAGCCCAUUUUUCUCACACUCAUGAUCUCUCAUUUGGACCAAGAAUCUAAGCAUGGAGGUAAAUUUAAAUUUGCCCUUUGGGACUUUGUGGCUAAGAAGGUUGGGUUUGCUUUCAGGUGUCCCUGAAAUCGUUGGAGGGGCGCUGAGGCUGCUGCCUCCACCCCUCCCCUACCCCCACAUCCAGCACCUGCCUUGACGUCCAAGGAUGCGUCUGCUUGGGAACAGAGCCCAGAAGCAAGAGACGGCUCCCGAUCGGAGCUGGGUGGAGUUGAGUCUACUUCCAACAGAACAGAGCCAGGCUUUUUCUGAGUUCCUCAAACGGGUAGUGACCCGGUCACAAAAUCAGUGGUCCCUUCCCUGAAGCUCCUUUUUCUGCAAACGUCAGAAUCUCUACGCCCGGAUGUCAUCUUCCAUGCUGUUGUGGUUUGGCCCGACCCUGUCCUCCUCCGUUUCAAAGCUUGGGACCUGGGCCUUCUCCAGCCUCCUGGGUGAGGACAGCGGCCCUCCUCCCUCAGAGUCCAUCCCGGGGCAAAAGUGCCGGAUGUGACCUGCAUUUCUCCGUUGCCAUGAGUUCCUGCCUCGUCUGCCCUUCAUGGAAGGACGGCCGGCAGCUGGGUGAGGACUCUUGUCAUCCCAUGCCUCUGCUUUGCCCUGUGGUUCCAGAUGAUUCUCUUGUGUUGCUCCCUUUCUUCACCGUUUCAUACUUGGUUUCCUUCCUCUCGCCUUUAGAUUUGCAGAGAGACUCCUACUUCAGCACAGUCUUUGUGUCUCUCUAUGGAAAUCUCAGAAAGAUGGAGAAGGGGGAGAGGGAGAAAGGAAGUAUACGUUUAUACUUUUCCAGGAGUGCCAGGCAGUGUCCUGACAGUUAGUGGAAGGAGGGUCUGCUGGGCCACUUAGAAGCCCUCCGUCUGCUUGCACACGUGCCAUUCUCCUCGGGCAGGACUGCCCCACAGCUCCCAGCCUUCUCUCCCCCGUGUCAGGGAGACAGCAGCAACUCACUAGUGUCACAUCCUACCUUUCAGUGCAGGCUCGUACAUGGUACUCCUCUUGAACAUCCAUGUUAACCAUGUUUUUGAUUUGUUAAGCCAUUCACUUUGUCUUCCUUUCUAAAGAGCUGAUGAGACUGCCCCGGCUCCUCCUACGUUGGCUCGUCCUCUUGAGCCACAGAGUUGUGAUUCUUGCGAUGUAUGUGCCUUAUUUUAUGUUAAUCUUGUUGAUGCGAGGGACCAGUCGGUGAUGCCCGGUCGGAGCUCGAGGCGGCAUGCUCCCCGGCCGGCCAAGCGCACACGAUGGUAGCAGAGUCUGAGCUGUCUUGUAACCUGGUUUCCCGUGUUGUUUUGAACUGAUGGAGGAUGUUCUCUCUGACAAGUUAAUGUUGUGUAUCCUGCCAACGUGUAAAAUAAAAUGCAAGUUCAUUUUUUUCACCUUUUUUAGAUUUUUAAAAAAAUAAAAUGUGUAAUCCUUUUUUAAAAGAAACACAUGUAAAUACAUUUAAGUAUUGUAGGCAUAGUGUUCAGAUGUGGCCGGCCCUGGGCCUUCUCGGAUCAGCCUGCAGCCGUGCGACGCCCCCCUGCCCACCUCAUGCCCAGGGCCGCAGUCCUGCCACACGAGGACUCUACUUUUGCUUUUCAGAACCACCUAGUCCUUUUGUAACAAAAAGAAAGAACGAUGUUUCUUACAAUGUCAAUAAAAAAACGCUUUGUA